AUCUCUAGUUGAAAAAAGAAAAACAACACGCGCAAAAAAGAGAAUCACUUUCCCGCACCAUCUAGCAGAUCUCAAAAAUGGACAUCCUCCUGGCCAACGUAAAUGGCCUGCAGUUCAAGGCGGAGCGGGACCUGAUCGAGCAGGUGGGCGCCAUCCCGCUGCCCUUCUAUGGUAUGGACAAGUCCAUCGCGGCAGUCUGCAAUUUCAUCAGCUCCACCUCGAGGAACGGACAGGAGUGCGACAAGGGCAGCGCCUGUCCCUUCCGACACAUCCGUGGCGACAGGACCAUCGUGUGCAAGCACUGGCUGAGAGGCCUCUGCAAGAAGGGCGACCAGUGCGAGUUCCUGCACGAAUACGACAUGACCAAGAUGCCGGAGUGCUACUUCUACUCCCGCUUCAACGCCUGCCACAACAAGGAGUGCCCCUUCCUGCACAUUGAUCCCCAGUCGAAGGUGAAGGACUGUCCGUGGUACAAGCGAGGAUUCUGCCGCCACGGCCCGCACUGCCGCCACCAGCAUCUGCGACGGGUGCUCUGCAUGAACUACCUGGCAGGAUUCUGCCCGGAGGGACCCUCCUGCAAGCACAUGCACCCGCGCUUCGAGCUGCCGCCGCUGGCCGAGCUUAGCAAGGACCAGCUGCACAAGAAGUUGCCAACGUGUCACUACUGCGGUGAGCUUGGACACAAGGCCAACUCGUGCAAGCAGUACGUGGGCAGUCUGGAGCACCGCAACAACAUUAACGCCAUGGACCACUCUGGGCACUCCUCGCACUCGGACAACAACGACGAGGGCUCCUCCGGUCACCACAACCAGCACAACCAGCCGCCGCCUUUCGUCAAAGUACCGACUCCACUGGAGGAGAUCACCUGCUACAAGUGUGGGCACAAGGGUCACUACGCCAACAAGUGUCCCAAGGGCCACCUGGCCUUCCUCUCCAACCAGCAUAGUCAUAAGUAGCACCCACCUAGCUAGCGUAAGAGUUGAGGAUAUCAUUCAUGUUUCCAUUUUUUAAUCCUUAAACUGUUAAGAAACUUUUUAGGAAAGAAGUCUCUUUAAGAUACCGAUGAAUACCUAAGUAAUCAGCGAAAUAAAUACUUUAUAUAAAAAUGUUUGAAAUUAAAAA